AUGCACACACACACACAUAACACCCCCUCCAAGACUACCACUACCACCAUCACUUCGACGACACGACCAUCACCACCAACAACAGUUCCCACUCACGUGAUUGACAUUUCAUACACACUCACACUGCUGCUCAGUUGCCAAAGACAUCAGUCAAUCAAACCAGUCCAUCCUUCCAUCCAUCAAUCGAUCAGUCCAUCACCCCAGCCCUCCUUCAUUCAUUCAGUCGGAUACCACCAACCCCCAACCCCCUCUUUCCUCCUCUUCCCACUCCUUCUUCAACUCCACUCCACUCCACUCCUCAUUCAUUCAUUCAUUCAUUCCAACAUUAUCCAAUACCAAAGAGUUGCAUCUUCUGCUGCUGCUGCUUCUGCCACUGCUGCAGCCACAAGCAAUCUUGGCAUUGACUGUAUAAGGUGGAAGUCAACUCAAUCAAUAUAUCAAGUAUAUUUG